AUGGAGAACGCUCUGACGAUUCAGAAGGCGCUGAGCAAGAAGGAAAAACCAGUGAAGGAAAAACAUGCACGACCUGAUCAUAGGCACCCACGAAGAAAAGGGAGCAUCGCGCUUCUGGCAGCUGGCCCCAAAGCAGCCGAUCCACGAGAACCAGGUCGUGGCGUGGAAGUUCUGCCACGUCCUCCACAAGCUGCUCCGAGACGGCCACCCCAACGUCAUCCCCCAGUCGAUCCGGCAUCGCGCCGCGCUGGUGGAGCUGGGUCGGACGUGGGGGGAGGCGCAGUCGUGGCGUGGAAGUUCUGCCACGUCCUCCACAAGCUGCUCCGAGACGGCCACCCCAACGUCAUCCCCCAGUCGAUCCGGCAUCGCGCCGCGCUGGUGGAGCUGGGUCGGACGUGGGGGGAGGCGCGGGAGGCGCACGGGAAUCUCGUCAAGUGUUACGUGGAUUUCCUUCUCACGAAGUUGAAGUUUCACGAGAAUUACCCGGGUUUCCCCGGGAACGUCCAGGUCAGCGAAGACCGGCUCCAACUACUCGGAGGUAACGACAUCAACUAUUAUUUUCAGCUGGGUGCUGCUAUUUUUGACUACCUAGAAGACAUUCUGGCCCUCCAAUCGGCAGAUUGGUCUCGCCUCAGUAAAUCCAGAUUCACCGAAAAGCACCUGGUUCGGUCCACGAAUGAAUUCUCUUCCAGUUUUUGGGUCGACGGGAGCGAGUCAGAGCAACUCGUCGACCAGAGCAGGAUCACUGUCGUGUAG